AUGGAGCUGAAGGACUUCUGCCUGAGCGACAACUUCCACUUUCUCAACCACAAUCUUCUAGAUGCAUCCACCUCAGACGACCCUCCAUCCCCGACUGACGCGCCGCUCAAAGCCGACCCGCUAAGCCCUUCGUUCGGCCUGGAAAGCAGCGCGACCCCCUUCAGUCCCGGUAGCACAUCGGACAGCAGCGGCUACAGUGUGUUCUCCCGGAACCCGUCUUUGAACCCGGACUCCCCGGUGAGCUCCAGCUCCAUUUCCAGCAGCAGUGCUCCGGUUCUCUUCCACCCGGCGGGACACCCUGAGCACGGGCUCAUUAGCGACUACAUCCCGUCCCUGAACCCGGGGCCCAAGCGCCUGUGUCUGGUGUGCGGAGACUUCGCGUCCGGGUAUCACUACGGAGUGGCGUCCUGCGAGGCCUGCAAAGCCUUCUUCAAAAGAACCAUUCAAGGGAACAUCGAGUACAGCUGUCCGGUGGUCAAUGACUGUGAAAUCACCAAGAGGAGGAGAAAGUCCUGUCAGGCUUGUCGAUUUCAGAAGUGUCUGCGGGCCGGCAUGAUGAGAGAGGGAGUUCGCAUGGACCGGGUGCGAGGAGGCCGACAGAAGUACAAGCGGAGAGUGGAUUCAACACUGUCUGUGUUCAGCAAAACAGCAUACACACUCGCAAACAAGCCCAUCCGGAACAGGCUGAUCUGUGAACUGCUGCUGUGUGAAGUGACUCCUCUGCGAGCGGCUCCUGACCCCUCGACCCCAGACAGUGACCUUAAGACCCUCAUGACCUUAUGUGACCUUCUGAACCGAGAGCUGCUGGUGAUGAUCGGAUGGGCAAAACACAUACCAGGUUUCUGUGCUCUGUCUCUGCUGGAUCAGAUGGCUCUCCUUCAGAGCGGCUGGAUGGAGACUCUGCUGCUGAACGUGGCCUGGAGAUCUCAGGCUUCGGCAGAAGAGCUUCAGUUUGCGGAGAAUCUGCGUCUGAACGAGAGUCAGAGUCGAGCGGCUGGACUUCACGAUCUCUACACGGCUCUCAGACACCUGACCUGCAGAUACCAGCAGAUGAGCCUCAAGCAGGAGGAGUUCAUCAUCCUCAAAGCCAUGGCUCUCGCAAACUCAGAUGCCGAGAACGUGGAGGGAGCAGAAGCGGUGCAGUGUUUUCAGGACGCUCUGCAUGAAGCCCUGCAGGAGUUCGAGAGCAGUCAACAUCCGUCUGAAGCUCACCGCGCCGGCCGGAUGCUGAUGACGCUGCCGCUGCUCCGACAGACGGCUAACAGAAGCGUGCGCUGCUUCAGACGCCUGCACACCGACGGACACGUGCCCAUGCACAAACUCUUCCUGGAGAUGCUGGAGGCCAAGAGCUAGAAGAACAGCACUUACAGUUGAAGGCAGAAUUAUUAGCCCCCUUGUGGAUGUUUGUCCCCCAAUUUCUGUUUAAAGGGAAGAAGAACACAUUUCUGAACAUAAUAGUUUUAAUAACUCAUGAUUUGAUUAUAACUGCAGAUCAAUGAUCAAAACUCCACAAUUAGGAUCAAAGCCUAAAAGGGUCAGUUUCAGAGAGCUAUAAGACAUUAUCUGUGUGGUAUUUUGAGCUGAAACUUCACACACACUCACAGACUUAAUUUAAAUCGUAAAGGGGCGUAAUAUAUCCGCUUUCAGGGAAAUACAGUUGUUGAUGUACAUUAACUAAUAUUAACAAGCAUGAGAUUGGAUUUUAAUAAAGCAUUAGUUAAUGUUGAUUCGUUAUCAGUACAUGACCUAAUGGAAGCUCGUUGUAAAGUGUGACCGCCUUUUCUUUCAGAAUUUAUAUCAGAACGGAGAGGUCGGGAUAAACUCAGGAUUGGAAGGAAUCAAGCCAAGACUUGUGAGAGUUAUAAACUCACAAAUUAUAAUAAUAAUUAAAUAUGCACUAUUUAGGGCGGGAAACAGAGGAAGAACUUAAAGAGAAUCGCUAACUCACGAUGGUGUAAAAUUAGGCUGCAGUGCUAAUAAGGGAAAUAACAGUCACAAAUGCAAGGAAUUAAGAUGCAAUACA